AUGGAAAACAACAUUCCGCGCAACACACCUGCGCUACUCGCGCGCAUCGAUCAAAUACGCAACAGCUUGUUCAACAGAUUUGAAAAGCUACUCAAACAAGCUCAGAUUGAAAACAACGAUCGCAAUAGUACUGCUUUGAGCCAAUAUCAGAUGCAGAUUGAGACUGCCGCUUUGAUACGCGCGAGCGAAGACCUCUUGACCCUCACACGCCAAAUGCAGGAACUAUGGCUGUUUGGGCAGCUUAAGACAUUGGACAAGAAUGAUAUCCAAGGACGUAUUGAUACAGAUGCGAAAGAGGUUGCUGAGAUGCUUGCUGUGCUUGUUGGAGGCGAGCAAGAGGGAAACGCGAUGAGGGUUGAGAGUUGA